CUUCCAUUAGGCCGCUGCUACCGCGCUUGCUCGGCGCUCUUCACGUAUUUCCGCCCCCCCUCACCGCUGCAGAGACUUGGCGGUAUCCGCGCAUGCUCCGAAACCGGCCCUCCGUUGCCGUGCAUGCUCAGAGGGCUCAUCUUGCCCGCUCUCUCCCUCGUCGCGACCGGCUGCCAUGGCGGCACUGAAGGAGGGGGCACGACUGCUGUUUCAGGACGGCGUCAGAAGCGCCCUGGAGGCCUGGCCCGCCUUACAGGUAGCUGUGGAGAAUGGAUUUGGUGGAGCUUACAGCCAGCAGAAAGCAGAUUGGAUGGUUAGCGCUGUGGCACAGUAUUUCUCCGACAAUGUUGACCUGGAGAGCGAGGAGGUGGAGGAGCUCAUGGCUGAUAUGAUAUACAAUGAAUUUGACACCGUUGUAGAAGAUGGCAGCUUAUCCGAGGUGGCACUGCAGAUCUGGACCUUCUUUGGCCUGUGUCAGAGGGGUCAGGAAGCAGAGGUCAGGGGUCGCAUCCGAGAGCUGGUGCAGAGGAAGGGCAGCGUGAAGGUGAACGCGGUGCAAGGGGAGAGCCCGGGCGAUGAGGACAGUGAGGACGAGGAGGAGGAGGAGGAGGAGAAGGAUGACGAAACAGAAGCCAUGGACUGCGAUGCCCACGUCCUCGAUGGCGCACCCAGCCCCCGGCAACAGCCAGACCCCAGCAGCACGGCGAGCCAGGAGGUGACAGCAGCGGAGAAGGAGGACCUGCAAGACGGCUGGAAGGUCGUGCGGCGGAGAAAGAAAUAGUGACUUCAGAGAACAGAUAACUUUCAUUCCCCCCCCACCAACCCCCCCACCCCCACCCUCCUGCGCUGGUGGUACAGGAACCGCUGCCACCUAGCAGCUUCUCGGAGGGGGGUGGGGGGCGGGGGGGGGGCAUUGGACAGAUGAGGCCCGGAUAACAGAGGGAUAGACCGAGGAGAACGUAUUGGCAAGGCAUGGCCUCCCGUGGAGUAAAAGCCCCGUGUCAGCUUCCUCGGGCCUGUCUAGUCUCUUCCAAAUACUGACACUCCUGCUCUCCACUUCAACCCAUACUCUCUUCAGCUACAGGAAUGUGGGUGGCUUGCUGCUGUCUGAUCCUGCCAGGGAGCUACACUGUUAAACGCACACGGUCAUCGUGUUGUUGCUGUGGUGGAAUUGUGUUUGAACCCGAGCCUGUCCCUUUAAGGAGCACAGCUUAAUUGACCCAAGCAAUUGCUGGGCAGGGUCAGUCAGAGCUCAAUUGACGCUUGUUUGGGGGAGGGGGGGGCGGUGGUGUUGCUAUUUGCCCUGUACUUGCCCCUUGUCAGCUGUGGCCCAGUGGGUAGAACUUGCAUUUCUGCCCCAGGCUAGUGGGAUCAAGUCUCACUCCUGAGACUCGACCAUUCGGCCCGUCACAUCUGCGCCAGCUUUUUGUUGGAGCAACUUGGAACUGCAAGCAUAUGAAAACAUGUCAGCAGUCGCCUGUAACGGUGCAACUGUGGGCUCUGGCCAGUGCUGGUGCGAUAAUGGAAACGGAUCAUUGGCAGCACAGGAGGCGGCCAUCGUGUCUGUGUCGUUGGAUGAAAGGGCUUUCCAGUUUAAUCCCACUUUCCUGCUCUUGGCUGGUAGCUCGGUGGCUUACAGCACCUCAAAUGCACACCCAUGUGUUUUCUGCCUCUAUUACACGCAAUUAAAUCUCCUCUCAGCCUCUCGUGUUCCAGGGAAAACAAUCCCAGCCUAUCCAGUUACCCCUCCAGCGUGGCCAACAUUGUCAGUCUACCUCUUCAAUCGACCGAGAGUUGAGCAGUAAGGGCAACAGCACCAUAAUUAGUAGUGAUCUGCUUUGGUUUCUAGUUGGUUAAGAUGCGUAUUUAUAAUAAAAACUGAACCCGGUUCUAUUUUU